CUAGUAACAUGUUAAACAAAAACACUUAUUGUCUUGUUUGGUUUUCAUUGUACAAGUGUCUUCUCGCUCAAGAUAUGGAUAAGUGGUGUAGCUGUGGACUUAACUGGGGCAAACUUCUGAAAUUGCACAAGUGACAGAAGACUUAAACACAAGAAAAAUAUUACAGACAAGGGAGACAAUUAUGACUUUCACAGGCAGACCACCUAAGGAUGCAAGCCAUAUAGAAGAAGUGAAGCAUAUGAUUGAAACCUUUCCUCAUCCAAACUUGGAUGGUGUAGUUCACCAGCAGAACACAGGUGGUACAGUUCCUGUAGAUAGUGAUAUUUGGGGAAAACUAUCAGAUUUUAGAUCCCUCACUGAAGAACAACAAAGAGAAACCAGAGAGUUUCUGUUAAUGAGAUUUAGUAUAGAAGAUUUACAGUUAGCUUGGGACCAAUAUUUUGUACAGAAAGGAGAAAUCCCUACCUGUUUACAGUAUAGAAUUUUCAUCAACAACUGGAGAGGUAAUAAAACUAAAAGAAGGACUCAGUCAUUAGCUGAAAUGAUGAGAACUAUAGAGAAGAAAGAUGAUGAAAUUUAUCAUGAAAGAGAUGAGCAGCAAUUAUUACAUUCUCAACUGGAACUGGUCAAUCAUAUUUACAACGGUCAGUUGAGGCGUGUUCAUGAUUUAGAACAAGAUAAUAAUUUCUUGAGAGAUAAUAUUCACCAACUAGAAAAUGAAGUAGAGCAAAAGUCAGAAGAUAAUAAUCGAAUAAGGGAUAUAACUGAAGUACAGGGUAGACAUGUGUACCAGUUAAGGAGGACAAUAACACAGAAAGAUAGACAGAUAUGUGAUCAGUGUAGUCAGUUGAGGGAUUUAGAGGAUACUAAAGGAGAGUAUGGAUCAGUUAUUAAAAGGCAGAAGAUGAUGAUUAAGGAAAAGAAAGAUGAAGUGAGGGCACAGAGUGCUACAAUUAAUGAACAAAGUGAUACAAUUAAUGAACAGAGUGCUACAAUUAAUGAAAUAAAUGUGAAAAAUGAAGAACUAAAUGUGAAAAAUGAAGAACAUGUGAUAACAAUUAAUGAACAGAGUGCUACAAUUAAUGAACAGAGUGCUACAAUUAAUGAUCAGAGUGCUACAAUUAAUGAUCAGAGUGCUACAAUUAAUGAACAGAGUGCUACAAUUAAUGAACAGAGUGCCACAAUUAAUGAUCUCAUUGAGCAAAAUCAUGACAAAUGUAAAACAAUAAAUGAAAAUAGUAAAACAAUAGACAAUCUAAACAGUAAAAUUGAUAUGGAAGUUAAUGUUGGUCAGACCAAAGAACAAAUUAUAGCUGAACAGAGUCAGGUGAUUGAGGAACAGAAAGAAAGUUUAAUGAAGUAUAAGAAGGACGAUGAAGAUCUAAGAAGACAGAUGGUAGAACAAGACAGAAUUAACCAGGAUCUGUAUGAUCAGUUAAAGGAUGUUAAAAUGUUGUGCAAUAAGCUGAUGAUGAAAAUACAAGCCAAAUCACAGAAUCAGUAGAAGUUGUUGUAUUCAGCAAACUCUCGGUGCAGCUAAUUUAUUAAUGAUAGUGUAAAUUUUCACUUUGUACAAAUUUAUAUAUGUAUUUUU